UCUCUCUCUCUCUCUCUCUCCAUGUCCCCUAUUAUGCUCCACCUCCUCCUCAUAAUCUCUCUCUUCAUACCCUCGCACACCCUUACCAACCACCAACCCACUUCCGAAUCCUUCAUCUCCAUCCUCAUAUCCCAGAACGGCCUCAAUUUCGUCAAAGACUUACUCAUAACCAAAGAAAUCUCUUCUCUCACACCCCUCCAACUACCCAAAAUUGAAAAAUCGGCGAGAAUUCCGUUUGUUGGCAAUGUCGAUAUUGUCCUAUCGAACAUUACAAUUUACCAAAUCAAUGUUACGUCGUCGAUUGUUAAGACCGGCGAAACAGGCGUCGCUAUUAUCGCGUCGGGUACCACUUGCAAUCUUAGUAUGAAUUGGCAUUACUCGUAUCGUACUUGGCUUCUUGUGCCAAUUGAGAUUUCAGAUAGUGGGCAUGCUUCUGUUGAGGUUGAAGGCAUGGAUGUUGGGCUCACCCUGGGCUUGGAGAAUCAACGAGGAUCUUUGAAACUGUCCAUUCUGGAAUGUGGUUGUUAUGUUAAAGAUGUGUCCAUCAUGUUGGAUGGAGGAGUGUCUUGGCUUUAUCAAGGGGUUGUGGAUGCUUUUGAAGGGCAAAUAGGAUUUGCAGUAGAAAAUGCAAUAACGCAGAAACUCAAAGAAGGAGUUCCAAAGCUUGAUUCCUUUUUGCAAAGUCUUCCAAAAGGAAUCUCAGUGGAUGAUAUUGCUUCUUUGAAUGUCACUUUUGUGAAUGACCCUUCAUUAAGUAAUUUUUCCAUUGGAUUUGAGGUCAACGGACUAUUCACGGAGAAAGGAAAAGAUGCAGUUCUAAAUUCCAAUCAGCAGAGUUUUCAAGCUUUAGUUUCUUGCACAAAUUCAUCAAAAAUGCUUGGGAUUUCCUUAGAUGAUACUGUUUUCAACUCUGCAUCAGCCUUGUACUUCAAUGCAGAAUUCAUGCGGUGGAUUGUAGACAAAGUACCAGAUCAGUCUCUUUUGAAUACUGCUGGAUGGAGAUUUAUCGUUCCCCAACUGUACAAGAAAUACCCAAAUGAUGAUAUGAAUUUGAAUAUUACUCUAUCUUCUCCUCCUGUCAUAAGGAUGUCACCGCAUACUAUCGAUGCUACCGUUUAUGCAGACCUGAUCAUUGAUGUCCUGGAAGCUGGUGAUGUAAUACCAGUCGCUUGUAUUUCAUUGGUAAUCAGCGCCUCAGGUUCAGUCAAUAUCUUAAGAAACAAUCUUGCUGGCAGCAUGAAAUUGGAUGAAUUCACUAUGUCGUUGAAGUGGAGCAAAAUUGGUAACUUGCGCAUGUACCUAAUUCAGCCAGUGAUGUGGACUGUAAUAGAAACUGUUAUACUGCCAUAUGCAAACUCACAUCUCGGAAAAGGAUUCCCUUUGCCAAUAAUCCAUGGUUUCACCCUUCAGAAUGCUGAGAUAAUCUGCUCUAAUGCUAGAAUUACAGUCUGCAGUGAUGUGGCUUUUGCGGAAGAUUUUAUUCAGCCUCUGAUUUACCCUACCACAAAAAGGUGUGCCUCUGAUUUACUGUAUAGGUUAUGAUAUGCCUUCAAGUAUGUGCUAAAAAUGCUUGUAGGUGAGAAAAUGUACUAGUUUCCACCUCUGUACAAUGCAGGCGAGAAAAUGUACUAAUUUCCACCUCUGUACAUUAUUGUUUCUUAAACAUGGUUUAAUUGCAAUCCUCACAUUUGUUUAUGUAACUCUACCAUCAAAUCAUGAAUAUGAGACGCAGGGAGAUAGCCCGGCAGGGAGAGAUUCGUCCGACCCCCACAAUCUACCCUAGUUCAAGUGUCGUCCCACGACGUGUUCCCCUCUCCCCAUUUGAUGUAUUGCUCUCUCCCUAUUUGAUGUAUAAAAUUGUCUAAAAACGAUUUUUUUUCAAAAAUAGUAAAGUUCCUCUCUUUGUUCAUGUAUCUGGACAGUUGUAGUUAGAUGCAUA